AUGUUCGAUCUUUUUUGCAUCCAACCUAUUGCACAAUGCUCCCGUCUCCGUCACUUUGGAGCGCGGGGAAGAAAAUGGAAGGGUCUCGUGUCAAGGAAGCGGAAACAAUUCUUCGCAGACUUUAGCGAUGAAAUGCCGGACGAAGAAGCAGCUCUCGUUUAUUGGGCUGAGCUCGGCGAGAACACGCUGCAUUUGUUCGAGCUUUUCCUGCAGUGCGGGAAACCCGUGGCUGCCGUUGCGGCAGCUUCAGAGUUGGGUCGUCCAGAAGAAGCAUUGCAGCUGCUCCACAAGUGCCAAGUAUCUUGGGAGGACUGGCACUGUUAUACUUUGGAUAUUCUGAUGACGGCAGUGCAGCAGAAGAAGCUGAGCGACAAUCAAGCGCGGGGACUUGGCAAAGCCAGCCGGACACUUCGAAGCUCUUUGCCUGAAGGCGCACUUCAAGCGCGGGUUCGCCUUGACUAUGUCGAUGCUGUGCUUCGCUGCGCUCGUCUUACACCUCGGUCGAAGUUGCCCCAGAGCUCAACCUGUGCUUCGGAGAAGAGCUCGCGUUUGCAGAGUGUGCUCAGGUCGCAGAUGCCACCUGGACCUUGCAGCAACUUGAGUGGUACAUCAACGAG